CAGUGGUCGGGGGCGGGGCGGGGUGACUCACGCCGCUUCUCCCGCGGCCGCGGGGGCUUCUAGGGGUCCGCGCACACCCUGCGCCGCCCAGACCCGAGUGGAGCCUCCCCGCGGCCGGGCCGCGCCGGGUCCCAAGCGGUACCAUGAUGUGGGGUGCAAGCAGCCCCCUGGCCUGGCUCUCGGCUGGCCCGGGCAAUGUGAAUGUGAGCAGCGUGGACCCAGCAGAGGGGCCCACAGGCCCAGCAGCUCCACUGCCCUCGCCCAGGGCCUGGGACGUGGUACUGUGCAUCUCGGGCACCCUUGUGUCCUGCGAGAAUGCGCUGGUGGUGGCCAUCAUCAUGGGCACUCCUGCCUUCCGUGCCCCCAUGUUUGUGCUUGUGGGCAGCUUGGCUGUGGCGGACCUGCUGGCAGGUCUGGGCCUGGUCCUGCACUUUGCUGCCGUCUUCUGUAUCGGCUCGGCGGAGUUGAGGCUGGUGCUUGUUGGCGUGCUGGCAAUGGCCUUCACUGCCAGCAUCGGCAGCCUACUGGUCAUCACUGUUGACCGCUACCUUUCUCUGUACAAUGCCCUCACCUACUACUCAGAGACAACGGUGACACGGACCUAUGUGAUGCUGGUCCUAGUGUGGGGGGGUGCACUGGGCCUGGGGCUGCUGCCUGUGCUGGCCUGGAACUGCCUGGAUGCUCCGGCCACGUGUGGUGUGGUGUAUCCUCUCUCCAAGAACCAUCUGGUGGUCCUGGCUGUGGCCUUCUUCAUGGUGUUUGGCAUCAUGCUGCAACUCUAUGCCCAGAUCUGCCGCAUCGUCUGCCGCCAUGCCCAGCAGAUUGCCCUCCAGCGGCACCUGCUGCCCGCUUCCCACUAUGUGGCCACCCGCAAGGGCAUCGCCACACUGGCCGUGGUGCUGGGCGCCUUCGCUGCCUGCUGGCUGCCCUUCACCGUCUACUGCCUGCUGGGUGAUGGCCGCUCGCCGGCCCUCUACACCUAUCUCACCCUGCUCCCUGCCACCUACAACUCCAUGAUCAACCCCAUCAUCUACGCCUUCCGCAACCAGGACGUGCAGAAGGUGCUGUGGGCCAUCUGCUGCUGCUGUUCCUCUUCCAAGAUCCCCUUCCGAUCGCGCUCUCCCAGUGAUGUCUAAUUGCAUUGUGAUGACCCUUGGGCUCUGAUUGCUACAGAAUUCCAGAAUGUUAGGUCCUCCAGGGCUUUGUUCCAAACCCCAACUCCACACCCCCAAGACCCAGCUGGUUCUGGAGUUCUAGGACAUUGGGUGUUUCAGGAUUCUAUUUGGAACCCUGCAGGGCCCAGUUAGUGCCAUGGUUCUAGAAUGUUCAGGUGGUCAGGGUUCUACUCAGAAUGUCCCACAGCCCUGCUGGCAUGGAGUUCCAGAAUGCUGGGUGUUUUACAGUGCCAUUCAAGUCCCCGGUCUUUCCCUUCCCCAAUAUUGACCUUGACCAAGUUGCUUCAGUUUUGAGUUUCUGGCUAGAGAGUCAGAGAGGUUAGCCAUUUAGUUGCCUAGAUAGGAAAAAAAGAGAGAAAGAUUUAUCUCUAUAUAUGUGUACUUAAAAAGAGGGUACCUAUUUAAGAUUUAUUUAUUUAUUUAUGAAUUUAUUUAUGGGUGGGAAGGGGGAAAAGAGACCCGCACCUUGAAAUCCAGGCCAUACCAGGGUACCCCCAGACCCCACACCAUUUCUGACCUCAGUUCCUAGAGGGGGAAAAGGGAGAAUGAGAAACCACGUAUUUUGUUAUUAUUUUUGCUUAUUUUUUAUCGAAGAGAUCAUAGAAACCAGAGCCUUCUCCCCAGGCCUGCCCUCCUCGGGUUUGCAGGGGGAACACACCAGCCUCUGGUUUUUUAUUUUUUUAAGAAGCCGUCACCUCAGCAACCGAGAAUUCCUCUGCGCUGGGGGCCGGCUGCCCUCUGGUGGCCAUUAGGGGGAAUUGCAGCCCGGCCAGGCAGCUGGGACCAGAACAAACCCCCGACUCCACUCUAGCCUGGCGACUAGUGCCACAGCCAUGGCCUGGGGGCCAGGCCUCACCCUGCGGUGCCCCAGAGGAGGUGGGGUGCGAACCACCACCUGAUCCUUCUGCUAAUUGGGGUACGGUCCCCAGUGCAUUCCCCAGUCCUGUCCCCAAC